CCUCCUACCGUGUGCAGUUCACAUUAUAACAAAAAGAAAAACGUAAUUAUUAAAUAAUGAAACCAUAAAUAAUAUUGUAUUAGUUCGUUUUAUAAAAAAAAUUGACUAUAGUAAAUAUAGUGAACCGGUGAUUUUGGAUUUACAGUUUGAGCUACUGUGCUGAUUGAAAUUUUAUUAAAAAUGAACCUAAAUUUGAAGCUUACAAUCUGCAUCGUCUGCGCGGUGUUCAUUCACACCGCCUACAGUCAAAAUUCUGGAAAUAUCUUCGAGACUGGAGCAAAAUUCCUGCAGAACGGCAGCAAACUAGGAGGAGAUAAACUGAAGGAAACAGGGAGCAAGCUGGUGGAAGGGGGGACUUCUGUGGUCGAAGAAGGCACGCAAGCCUUGAAGAAUUUCAGUAAGGGGGUCCAAGGAGAAAUUGUAGCGGUCAAGCAACCGUUGACCAAAGCGGCAGCUACUAUUGUCUUCAGCCAAUGCGAGCCCGUCAAACAGCUGUUUGGUCUGAAAUACGAACAGCUGGAAGGCGAGAGUGAGCCGGAUGUUAAUUCUCUAACGCUGAAAUACAUAUCGAAGGACGUCAAUGUGAGUUAUAAUAUUAACUCUGCUGCUAAGCUGCUAUCUCUGGAGAAGCAGUAUAACGAUAGAGACCAUCUGAUCAUCUACCUGCACGGGUUCACAGACGACCCUGGCCAGACCAGCUUUCAGACGGUGAAGGAGGCGCUCUUCAGACGAGGAUUAGAUAAUGUAUUGGCACUGGAUGGUGGUCACCUACUCCGCUGGCUGUACCUCCGCUCUACAACCUACGUGAGGUUCCUGGGGGAGAAGAUUGGUGAAGUACUCGCGGCUAUGGUACAUAGUGGUGUGAACCCCGCCACAAUCCACAUCGUCGGCCACAGUUUGGGUUCCCAGAUCGCUGGCUUCACAGGAAAGACCUUCACAAACCUAACCGGGCAGCAUAUAGGCCGGAUAACGGCUUUGGACCCGGCCGGGCCGUGUUUCGCGCAAGUUGAACCGGAUUUGAGAAUUAAAGCAUCUGACGCCGAAUAUGUGGAUGUUAUACAUACAAAUGCUGGUAUUGCGGGCAUGGAAGAGCCCGUUGGUGAUGCAGAUUACUACCCCAACGGAGGUUCAGAGCAGACAGACUGCGUGCUGGCCACUUGCAGCCACAGCAGAGCAUGGUUGCUAUUCGCGGAGUCAGCAGUAAACCCAAAAGCGUUCCCAGCCAUCAAAUGUGAAAGUUGGACUGCAUUCAAAAACGGAACUUGCGACAAACAGAUAAGUUAUAUGGGCCUCCCGUCCAAACCAGGAACAAAGGGGUUGUACUAUCUACAAACACUCGGGGAAGCACCCUACAGCCUGGGGAUGAAAGGGGUGAAAUAUGAGGACGAAGGAGGCAUUGUCAAAACAUUACUUAGUGGUUAAAUAAAAUAGUGUA